AUGACCAAAGUGCUUCCAGCAGAAGAUAACUUAACUUCAUCCUUUUUUCCUGAGAACUGUCCAAAUUGCAGUGUGAUAUCUUCUUUUGAUAUAGGUGUCACAAAGACACUAGCCUUAGGCUUGGUGCUGAUGGUCUUUAUAAUAUUCGGUGUGAUGGGCAACAUCCUGGUCAUCCUCUCCGUGGUGUGCCAUCGCCACCUUCGCUCUGUAACGCAUUACUUUAUCACCAAUCUUGCUGUGGCAGACCUGCUUCUGAGCUCUGUGGUGGUACCUUUCUCUGCUACCUCUGAAGCCUUGGACCGUUGGGUGUUCGGGCGUACUUUAUGUAAUGCCUGGACUGCACUUGACGUACUGUGCAGCACGGCCUCAAUCCUUAGCCUUUGCGUUAUCUCUGUGGAUCGUUGUGUGGCGGUCAGUUACCCGCUGAGGUACACUUCCCUGGCCACAGGACAGAGGGCACUGGCCGCAGUCACGGCUCUCUGGGCCCUUUCGACUGCCAUAUCUGUCGGCCCACUGUUUGGAUGGAGAGAGCCCAUGCCGGAGGAUGAAUCAGUGUGCAGAGUCAAUGAGGAACCGGGGUACGCAAUCUUCUCCGCUGCGUGCUCCUUCUACGUGCCGUUGGCGGUGAUUUUGGCAAUGUACUGUAGGGUGUACGUGGUGGCCCGGCACAAGACUCGCUCUAUGAGUAAGGGCAGGCAGACUAAUGGGUUAACGGAGCAUGGGGAGACACUGCGGAUCCACUGUCGCAAUGCUCAGGAUGCUGCUGGGAAGGAAGGAGCCAUGCGAUCAAGGCAGUCACAUUUUACUUUCAUGCGUCUGCUGAAGUUUUCCCAGGAGAAGAAGGCAGCCAAGACUCUGGGGAUCGUGGUGGGCUGUUUCGUGCUCUGCUGGCUGCCUUUUUUCGUAGUACUGCCAAUAAGCUCCAUCUCCCCCUCCCAUAGACCCUCAGAGACUGUCUUUAAAAUUACUUUCUGGCUUGGCUACUUCAACAGCUGCCUCAACCCCAUCAUCUACCCAUGCUUCAGCCAGGAGUUCAAGAAGGCUUUCCAGAAUGUUCUUCGUGGCCGCUGCCUCAGCAGAACGCCCUGGAGCCCCCCGGCCGGCCAUUGUCGAAGUCCAAUGACCCUGCAUGACCCCAAACCAGGCUUACCCUUCAACUUCGUGAACCUGCCUUCACAGGGUUCACCAUCUAGAUCUGCUGACUCAGCAGCAUGCUGGAGGUCUAAUAAGGCAUCGCCUACCACUGUGGUACUGACUGAGCAUUCCUGUACUGCACGUGUUCAUGGUAUGUGUGUACUGAAGACCUGCUGCUUCAGUACCAUUGAGAAAUCUGCAUGCUCUGGCAUGGAACUGCAUGCAACUACAGUACCCUUUCUGACUAAGGUUCAUCAGGUUACUAUAGAUGACAUGGAAGGUGAGGCUAUAUGAAAUGUUUCAGAAAGAAUUACAGUCUCUAAAGAGAUCUUUUAAAGAGGUAUUUUACAAAGAACAAAACAUGAAACUUGGAAAGCUUCUGUAGAAUGGUACAAAAUGUCAGAAGGCUCUGAGGGAUCUGGUGUACACAUAUGCCACCUAAUGGCAAAAAUGACAACUCAGUAUUCUAUGUUUGGUAUUCUGCAUCUUUUUUUAAGUAUGUCUAAUGUGUCUGCAGUUUGAGGAUUCAUUAUUUUGAGUUUACUGGCUAAAUAACCCAACUAGG